AAUUGGUGUAACUUGUUGGUUUUUAAGUGAUGUCGGACAAGCAAUAAACUAUAUUCUCGAAAUUUGCUGCAAUAACAUCGCUUCUGAAUGGAUGAAUCAAACCCCGUGGACCAGGCUAAAUUGCCGGUGUUACAACAAGAUGUGGAUAUUUAUUUGUCAAAGAAAACGUUGGCUCUGUUUAUGUCGGUGAUGGCGGUUGUGAUGGUAGUCGUGUGCCUCGUAGGAUCGUUUGGAAAUAUUAUUAGUUUAAUAAUUCUUUUUAAUCAGCGCAUGCGCAAUCAGACGAAUUACAUUUUGGCUGCACUGUGUAUAUCAGACACAUUGUUUCUCGGCCACAGCAUUAUUUUUAUUGCCAUUAAUUUUUACCGACAAUCCAACCCAUUGGAUGGCGAGGCGUUGAGGUCGUAUGUCUACCCUAUCCUUGGCGCCUGGAGCAGCGUGGUAACAGCGAGGAUUACAUCCAGCCUGACUACGCUCUUGUGCGUCCAAAGAUUUAUAGCAGUAUUUUAUCCGAUGCGAGCAAAACAAUUGUGCACAAAACGGAAAACUAUUAUCUCAAUAGUGAUUAUUUUCAUAUUAACGGCUCUGGUGUUCAUCCCAUUCUGCUUUAAAUACGAGACGACACAAGUAAUGGACAACUCGAAUAACACAAAGCAAAUCAUGAAUAAGUCAGCGCUUUAUAUGAGAAAUAUAAAAUUCUUCAGCGUUUACGGGACAGUUUUGAAUAUCUUGUUCAGAUUUUCCCCACUUGCCAUCAUUUUUAUUCUCAACAUCAUUAUGAUAAUCGUUGUACGUAGGACCUGCCAACAGCGUCGGUCAAUGUCGUUUAACGACAGUGAAUCAAGUCUGCGACUUACCAGCAGAAACGGUAAACAUUGCAGCCAUACCGACCAACAUCAUAUUACCAUCAUGCUUAUUACAGUAUCGACAGUGUUUUUCUGUUGUAUUUUACCAGGUGCUAUCAAUAGCAUUGCAACGCACAUUAAUCGCUCUUACACACCUUUGGGUAAAUACAAAAACUUAUACACGUGCAUUUCCACCUCCACCUUUUUCUUAGAGACAAUCAAUUCCGCUGUCAAUUUUAUCAUUUACAUGUUUAUGAGUCGAAAGUUCAGGCUUUUAUAUAAAGAAAUAUUUUGUUGCGGCCAUGGCAAAUAUUACCGCAAAAUUUCAAUAAGUUCACUCAAAGAGAAAUUUCGCUGGACGUCAAAGCGGGGAAAAAGCGGCGGGAAACAACAUGAUUCCUUUGAGAGGAAAACUGUGAGUGAUAUCAAUCCGCUGAAGAACGGCAAUUACAGUGCAGGAGAACGGGAAUGGCAAAGUGACAUAAACGGCGAGUGUUGGGAACUACAGAACAAACACUUGUUUUAGGCAGUUAAUGGAAGACAAAAGCAGGGCAUCAUCGAUUCCCGGCGUUCUGAGUACGUGUCUUUUGUCGGAGAUCGUUGUGUAAAGGUGGCUCUAUAUUGAUUAUACAAAUACGGGUUUUCAAAGGGUCUUAUGGAUUUGUUGCAAAUUAUUGUUGUCAAUAGUCAUAUUAUUAUGUAUUAAUAGAUUUUGUCAUAAUGUGUGUGCUGUUUAAGUAUUCGCGUGUUAUAUAUCUCCCGUUUAAUAUUUUACUUUUAUAUUUAUUGGUGACACUUAGCGUGUUGUUAUACGAUUUAAUUAAAAGACACAUUUAAAUCGGUGUAUGUUUCUGCACAUUAUGUAAUAUAUGUAAUAUUGAAAUUAUCGCUGUAAAAGUUUUAAGGUAUAAACGCAAAUUAAUACGAUACACAAUAUAUUGCCUUUAA